AUGAGAGACGGCCGGACCCGGUUCAACACCUCGCACCGCCUGCACCCUAUUUACAUCGAACCGCGGCCCAAGUCCGGCCCAUCUCGAGGACUGACACCCAUGAAUGUCCAGGCACAUCGGUCCCGCAUGCGCAGCCGUGAAGUCUCGGAGCGCAAACAAGUCGGUGACGCAGAAAGUCUUUUCCACUCGGAGCAACGACGGAAAGACGAUGACGAGGAUAUUGGGCAAUUCGCGCGGGCUUCGCCUUUCCUACUUCUUUUCAUCUCGCUGGUCGUGGUUCAUAUGGAUAACGGCAAAUCUUACGAACGAAACACGAAGGCCGAGUUUAACACGACUUGGGGAUGGAAUCCAACCUGA